CGAGUCGUUGUCAAGCAAAGGUGAUUAGCUAGCUAGCAAGCAUGGAAGCAGCAAAGCGGCGUUGUAUAUCAGAUUUCCUUAAACAGACAGUCUAAAAGGACACAAUAGUGGUUCAUAAACUCACUAACGUUAUGCCGAGCGAGGUCUGUAACGUUACUUCGUCGAUAACGGUCUUAAAGUGAGACAUUAAAGCUUCAUCAAUGCCUCGACUCGUCCAGAAGUCUCCCUCUGUCUGUGUGGAUCUACCUCUGGACAACUCUGACAUCUCUAACAAGCUUCAUCUGCUGAGGCAGCUUCUGAGAUCUUGUUUUGGCCCAACAGGCAGACUAAAACAAGUCCAUAACAACAUUGGAGGGCAUGUUAUAACCACUUCAACCUCCUCAGUGCUGCUUCCAGCCAUUUCCUCCUCACAGCCUUUCAUCAAUCUGAUAAAAACCUCCAUCCUCAACCACGUCUCUCGUUUCAGUGACUGUGGUUUGUUUGCUGCAACUCUCUGCUUGUGUCUUAUUGAGCAAGCAAAGCAGUCUGGUCUCAGAGGAGCUGUGGCUAUCAGGGUGAACAAGCACUUGCUGGGUCUGUGCAUUAGUUACCUACAAGGAGAAGACUGUGGCUGUAAAGUGAAGCUUGACUUCUGCAGCAGCCACAACUUGAUCACAUUAGCUCGCAGUGUUAUCUCCAGCAAACCAGCAUGUGUGCUCACAGAGCCAGAGGCACUUCACAUCAGCAAGUUGGCCGUGCAAGCUUUUUUGCUGACUGUUCCCUGUAACAGCCCAGGUGUAGUCAGUCUUGGCAAAAUAGUGACCGUCUCUGUUGAAGGCCACGCUGUGCUGAACUCUGCAGUGUUUCCGGGUCUACUGGUGGACACGCCUGAUGUCUUUUGCCUUGACAAGUCAGAGAAUGUGCAUUCAAAUCCAUUGCUGCGCGUGGUGUUGUUCAGUGCAUCUCUUGCCGGAGACCUUUCUGAACUGGGAGAUGGGAUUAUUGAGGUGCACCCAGGUGUAGACACAGACAUGCAGAUACUGGAUCAGCUCCUGGAGCUCGGCAAACAGGUGGUUAAAGAUGAGGUGAAGCUCUUUGUAUGUCAGAAGGUCAUCCACCCAGUCCUGCAACAAUACCUGAGGAGUCAUAGUGUCGUAGUGAUAGAGAGACUGGGAAUCACUCUCAUGGAGCCACUCACUCAGCUGACAGGUGCUCAACCUGUGGCCACAUUACACACCAAAAUCCCAGCCAAGGCCUACGGGACAGUGAGAGAUCUCAGUAUAAGGCAGUUUGGAUCCAAGACAAUGCUGCAUUUACACCCUCCUGGGGAGUCGGCGAUCUGCACGAUGAUCCUCUGCCACAGGAACGAGACAAUGUUAAGCGAGCUGAAGGUGGUGUGCCAGAAGACUGAACAUGUGUUGAGGCUCACCCUGAGGGACCCAGCUGCCUUACUUGGAGGAGGAUGUACAGACACCCACUUAGCUGCUUACAUCAGACACAAGAGCAUGAAUGAAGUCACAGAGACUGUAUCGGCGCUAGGGUGCUCACAGACGGAGCACCUUCGUGGCGUGGAGGGAUUCUGUCACUCUCUGGAGUCGGUGGCUGCAGCGCUGCAGCACGAUGGUGGGAACUCUUUAAUGGAUCUGACUCAUGCUCACCACUGGACUCAACCUGCAGAUGUCAUGAAAGAAGAACACAUGGAGGAUAACUUGGGCUUCUGUGGCUGUGGACUGGUGGAAAGUAGUCCAAAUCAGAAGUGGACUUAUCUAAACACUAAACACCCAAAGUUUUCACCUGCACCUCUGUCUGGAGUCACUCCUGUGCAGCCACGUGUGCUCGACUCCUUCACGGCUAAACUCAAUGCCUUGCAAGUUGCUGUGGAAACUGCUAAUCUUGCACUGGAUGUGCGAUAUCUAAUUCAAGAUAUGAACUAGCAGAACUCUCGGAACUCUGGUUUGUGAUGAUCGAAAUGAGGAAUGAAUACUGUUUUUAUUUUUCAAAAAGUAAUAUUCUUUUUAAACACUAGAUGUCAGCAUUGCCUUGAGUGAAAAUCUGAUUGAAUCCUGCUGCCAGUCAGUGGGGAUGUCUUGCCUCUGUCUUGUUGUUGUCUGGUGAUCUGUUACCCUUUUGUGAACUUGUAGGCUACUAACUGUAAUUUACCAGCCUUGCUCUCAGCACACAUAUAUGUGUGUCCUCUACGUUUGAUGUUUUGUCCGAAAACUAUUUUUUCUCCAUGCAGUCCAACAUUUUGUAUUCACCAGCCAUCUCACCACCACUUCCAGCCAAUAACACUUAAACCUUGAAACUGACAUUUAAAUUAUGUUUGAGAGAGUAUACAAAUUUAGUGAAUGAAAAGGAUUAAGCUCUUGGGAACAAUAGAGUGCUGCAGGGAUGACGUAUUUUUGU